AUGCCAGAGCCAGAGACUACACCCGCCGUUUCAUUGGCUUCAAUAACAACUUCUUCGACUGAAGUUGUCACCACCACUGUCGCCAAAACAAAAAAGAAGCGUCCUGAUGAUUCUCCAGACGUGAAGCUGUCCAAAGGACUGUCACAAACUCUUCGACAUGGAGCAGAGAAGCAAGGUAUAACACUAGCAAGUCAGGGUUUUGCUUCAGUUUCAGAACUUCUAGCCCACUCGAAGUUCAAACCAUACACUUUUGAAGAUAUCAAGAGAGUAGUAGACAGCAAUGCCAAGAAGAGGUUCACUCUAGCCCCAAUUGAAACCAUCGAAUCGCCAGAUCCAAAUGACCCAAGUCACUGGCAGAUCAAGGCCAACCAAGGUCAUUCUCUCAAAAGCGUAGAAGAUCCAGGUCUGAAACCACUUCUAAAACCGGAAGAUUUCCCGGAAAUUGUUCUCCACGGAACCAGCAUCGCUGCAUGGCAGCAAAUCAAGGAAACCGGCAUUUCGAGAAUGAAGCGAAACCAUAUCCACAUGGCCUCAGGCCGUCCAGGAGACGACCAUGUGGUCAGCGGUGUGCGUAACAAUGCCAAAGUUCUCAUAUUUAUCAACUGUCAAGCGGCACUGGACCUUGGCAUCCCCUUCUUCCUCUCUGAGAACGGCGUCAUUCUGUCCCCAGGCAACAAACAGGGUAUUAUCCCGCCAUCAGUAUUUCUAAAGGUCGAGGGCGUCUGA